UAUCACACCAAAUAUCCGCCUCCUCCCAAAAAAAAAAAAAGAACAAUUACAUCUACCAUCAACAGAUUGGCAACAUCAUCAGACGAUCACAGUACGAAGAUUGACUUUCUAUUGUUAUAUUUUAUUAUUGCCCGAUCAUCGUGUAACUGAAGCAUGACCAACAUGGUGUCAAGAUUCCGUGUCAAGAAGCUUUCUCCAAAGCAUCCGCUACCUGUUUACAAGGAAUCUCAACUACCUGACUUGGUGGAUCCUGCCAACAUCAUUCAACGUGCUGUGCCUCAGAUUGAAACUGGUGUAGAAAAAGAAGAAGAAGAAGAGCAUGAUUUACAAGCAGCCAUCUCUGCAGCACAAGCGGCAGUUACAACUGGAGCUACAGUACAAACAUAUAUUCCUACACCUGAUGCUUCCAAUGUGAUUGACGCUAAAGAAUUUUCCAAGCUUUACAAAAAGAAAUACAAGGAACCUUCAACAUUGAUCCGGUUUUCAUCUACAGUGGAGGACACUACUGGUUGUCCUUAUGUCAUGGAUGAAGAUGAUGACGUCUAUUACAAGAAACACAAGAAUUCAUUGUCACUAUCUGAAGAUGAUUUUGAAAAACUUAUGUGGGAAUUUGAAUCCAUUACCAAUCAACAGCUUCCUCAUCUUCAUUUGGAUGUAUCUCACAUACCUGAAUAUGAAGAUUUCUUGUUACUUGUUCCCAACAAUUCAAUGAUUCACAACUGGGCAGCAUCUCCACAACUAUACGAACACUGGAAAGAACGACGAAUUAAACGUGGUGGUAAAUCUAUCAUUCCUGUCUUGGCCUAUGAAGAUGUAUUAAAACAUGAAAUUGAUCCUUAUGUUUGCUUCCGACGACGUGAAACGAAACCUGUACGAAAAACUCGACGUACUGAUCAACAAUCAUUGGAAAGGUUACGGAAACUACGGUCAGAAAUGGAAAUGGCGCGCAAUCUAUUGGAAAUGGUGCUACGACGAGAAAAGAUUCGGAAAGAAGGUUUGGUAUUAGAACAUGCAGUAUUCGAUAAAACAUGUCGUGCCCGUGAAUGUCAACGUAUAUUGGAUAUCAAAGAAGAUGAAGAUUUCAAUCAAAUAUUAUUAUCAAAAAAGAAACGCAAGGUGUCUUCAGCUGAAUCUGGAUCUGGAACUACCAUCAAAAUACCCCUCUCACGACUCAAACGCGAUGCCAGUGAAAAAUUCGAAAAAUCACCAUUACAAUUACAAAUUGAAGCCGAACUAUCACGAAAACGAGAACGUGACGCUUUAUAUGAAGAUGUUACAGAAUAUCCUUACCAGCCGUUUCCCAAACCAUUAUCAUCCUUAUUCUACCAACAACUCUCAUUAUCAUCACCAAAUGAUAAAAACAACAAUAUCAAGCAGUCAUCAAUACAUCAUACAUCCGGUGGACCUCGGUAUCGACGAAGAAUGGGACGCGGUGGUCGAGUAUUUAUUGAUCGUAUUGGUUUCCGGUCGAAAUCAUCCCAACCAACGGUAUCAAGUGGCGGCAAGAACGGAAUAUCAGGAAACAUGUAUGAAUUUGAUAUGGAUUCUGAAAGCGAUGAUUCUGAUUGGGAAUAUGACAUGAUGAAUGAAAGUCAUUUACAACAUCGAACACGACUUUUGGGUGAAUCAGAUCUCCGAAAUCUUAUCACUCUUCCGUUUAUGCAACCGUUCAAUAGUAUGUCAAAUUUAAGAUCUGGACAACCCCAACAAAAACAAUUGGAUCAACAGCAGCAACAACAACAACAACAACAACAACGUAUUGCACUGCAAAGUACGAAUGCCAAUACAUCUUUGCCAUCACCGAUGACUUCCUCAUCGUCAUCAAAUUCGGUUAACAAUACGUUACCACCAUCAUCAUCAUCGUCAUCAGCCGGAAUCAAUAUCAAGCAGCAGCAGCAAAACAAUAACAGCAGCAAUAAUAAUAAUCGAAUCAAUCCACAGCAAGCAGCAGCAACUCAUAUGAUGAAUAACGAUAUGUAUGGUUCAAAUGGCACCAAAGUAGAAAACGGUCCUGCAAUGCCAACAUCUCAUAUCCAUGGAUCCUCUACUCCAAGAUCUACCACUCAUGUCUCCUAAAUCGGUUUCUCUUUCCACAACACUCAUAUACUCGCACAUAUUUAUCUUCUUUUGUACUAUAUUUACCUAUAUAUCUUUUUUUUUCUCCAUGUCAAGUUGACACUUCUGUUUUAUACAAGGUCUUUUUUUUAUCAUUAUUAUUA